UACACUCUGCAAUUCAGGGUGCCAUUGCUGAAAGCCCUUCCUUCAAAAGCAAUUGCCUGCUAAAAUAACCCUAGCUCCGGCUGAUUUCAAUGAUUCGCCGUUCGAACUUUUCUUCAAGGAGCCAUUUCUGAAAAUUUAGAUUCAAUGAACCGUUGCUGAACCUUUAGAUUCACGGGGCUGAAUCUUUAGUUUUUGAAAUAGCCAUUUCCCAAACCCUGGCUCAAUGAUCCAUUGCUGAAACCUUUUCUUCGAUUGCUGUUUCUGAAAGCAUAGCUUCAAGAGCCAUUGCUGAAUUUCUAGCCUUCUGUUGGGGAAAAUUCAGCUUGAAGGACCUUUGCUGAAACCCCAGCUUUCAGAGUAUUUUUAUUACUUUAUUUUAUUACGCUGUGAAGUGUUGUUCGGCCUGAUCAAGUUUUCCCUGCUUAAAACCCAUCUUUCAGGAGCCAUUGCUGAAAGCUCAGGAGUGGCUUUCCAAGGUUUCAAUGGCUUCAAUGCAUGCAACUUUUCUAUAGCAAGUUUAACUAAUCCAGCUUAGACACAUAGUUGAAACUCUUAAGAGAGGUUUCCAUGGCUUCAAUGAAAUCUUCCUCUGUUUCUUCUACUUCCUCGAGAUAUCAUUCAUAUGAUACCCGGUCAUCUGUAUCAUCUCAUCAUUCAGAUGUUUCUACUAUUGAUCCAAACCCUAAAAAGAAGCUUUCUACUCUGAAGCGCCUAGUUGGAAGUUCUAGGCCUGCCACUUCAUCGAACAACUCGUCAUCCCGUGCAAUUACCAAAGUGAAAUCAUCCGAUCCUCCAAAGCUUGACCAGAAUUUCACAUCCCUUGUGAAGAAAUUCAUGGAAAAGAAGGGGAAGCCUAAGGCACUUGAUCCUGCCAAGCUUGCAAUUCCUGCAGACUUCAUUGCCGAUGAUUUGAAAAAGAAUAUGAAGAAAGGAUCAAACUUCUCAGUUCUGCAGCAUAAGUUAUUCCCAAAGCCAUCAGAUUGUAAGGAGACCAGGAAGUUAACUGAUGUGAAACCAAACACACGGACCUUAGCCAUGGUGCUUAGGAGUGAGAGGGAGCUUCUUAACCAAAACAAGGAAUACGAAACAGAAAUAAAGGAGCUUCAACAACUGUUGUCGCAGAAGAACAGAGAAGUACAGAAUUUAAAGGAUCUAUGCAUCGAGCAAAGGGAAGAAAUCAGAGCUCUAAAGAGUACCAAGCUCUUCCCUGAUGCUAAGACCUCUUAUCUUCAUGAUCUUUUAGAGAAACAAGGGUCAGAACUAAAACAAGCUAGUGAAGUUAUACCUGCUCUCCAAGAGCAGGUGACUUCUCUCACUGACCAGCUCCAAUUUCUGGCCAAGGGUCUUGCUGAGGUGAAAGGAGAUAAAAAUUCAAUGAGGCUUUUCCAUGAUGGAAGUAUCAGCACGCCUCGUACCCCAAUAUAUAAUCAAGAAGCUGCGAAUUCAAUGGAGUUUAGCUCUGGGGAUACAAUGAUUGCAGGAAGCCCUGAUGACAUGAUUCUCAAUGACAUGAAUCCUUGUUUGACCCCUUACUAUGCUAGGAGAAAGGGACAGCAGGGUUACGAUGAAGUGGUGGGUUAUGGGUUUGGGGAUAUGCCAUACUCCUUGGUAGAGCAAAACAUGUGCAAAUCGAAUGAGUGUGGGUUCCCCUUCAGAAAGCCAAAUCCCCAAAGGCUUUUCUGAGCCUCACAUUUUAAGGUAAGGGCGAGCUCUUGUAUUAUGAAUGCUGUAAUCUUGAACGCUUUUGCCUUUGCCAAUGCGAUUUCUGGUUGUGUUCA